UCUUAUGUCGGCCCACCAACCCCUCGAAAAGGCGAAAACCAAAACUAACCCACAAACACAAAGAGAGCAAAAGAAAAAAGGGAAUCACUAGUCUACACUCCACAAUCUCUUCUUCUUUUUGCUUUUCAAUCAAAUCUCGGCGACCUAGAAUUCACUCGCAAAACCAUCUUGAAAGGUAAUCAACUACUUUUUCUGUAUCACUAUCACAAUGGCAGAUGGUCAAGAAGCUGAUAAGAACAUUGAGAUAUGGAAGAUCAAGAAAUUGAUCAAAGCUCUUGAAGCUGCUAGAGGCAAUGGUACAAGCAUGAUUUCUCUAAUCAUGCCUCCACGAGAUCAAGUAUCCCGUGUUACCAAGAUGUUGGGUGAUGAAUUUGGCACUGCCUCCAACAUUAAAAGUAGGGUGAAUCGCCAGUCUGUGCUUGGGGCGAUUACAUCUGCGCAGCAAAGACUUAAACUUUACAACAAAGUUCCUCCCAAUGGGCUUGUGCUCUACACAGGAACAAUUGUAACUGAUGAUGGGAAGGAAAAGAAGGUCACAAUCGAUUUUGAGCCGUUUAGGCCAAUUAAUGCAUCCCUUUACCUUUGUGACAACAAGUUUCAUACAGAAGCGCUGAAUGAGCUUUUAGAAUCUGAUGACAAGUUUGGUUUUAUUAUCAUGGAUGGUAAUGGGACCCUUUUUGGGACUUUAAGUGGUAAUACCAGGGAGAUUCUUCAUAAAUUUAGUGUUGACCUUCCAAAGAAACAUGGAAGAGGUGGGCAAUCAGCUCUACGGUUUGCUCGUCUUCGAAUGGAGAAGCGCCACAACUAUGUGAGGAAGACAGCGGAACUUGCCACUCAAUUUUACAUCAAUGCUGCCACCAGCCAACCCAAUGUUUCCGGAUUAAUACUUGCUGGGUCUGCUGACUUCAAAACUGAGCUUAGUCAGUCAGACAUGUUUGAUCCUCGUCUUCAAGCCAAAAUAUUAAAUGUGGUAGAUGUCUCUUAUGGAGGGGAGAAUGGUUUCAAUCAGGCCAUUGAACUGUCAUCAGAGAUCCUGUCCAAUGUGAAAUUUAUUCAGGAGAAGCGCUUGAUAGGCAAAUACUUUGAGGAGAUUAGCCAGGACACUGGGAAAUAUGUUUUUGGCGUGGAUGAUACACUGAAAACUUUGGAGAUGGGUGCUGUUGAGAUACUUAUUGUAUGGGAAAAUCUGGAUAUUAAUAGGUAUAUGUUAAAAAAUAGCACUACUGGUGAGAUUAUCAUAAAGCACUUGAAUAAGGAGCAAGAGGCUGAUCAGAGUAAUUUCCGUGCUCCUGUUGGCUCUGCUGAAUUAGAGGUGCAGGAAAAGACGUCUCUGCUGGAGUGGUUUGCUACUGAAUACAAGAAGUUUGGUUGCACACUUGAAUUUGUCACCAACAAAUCUCAAGAGGGAUCCCAGUUCUGCAGAGGUUUUGGUGGGAUUGGGGGAAUACUCCGUUACCAGCUUGAUAUUAGGUCAUUUGAUGAGUUUUCUGACGAUGGUGAAGUUUAUGAUGAUUCUGAAUAACAAUCAAUGAACUUUCCCCAAUGCUGGUGCAGGAGAAUGGGGCAAAAAGGCCUGCACCAGAGCGCGAUAUGCGCUUGCUGCUGCUGCCCUGGAGUUGGAAUUUGGAUCUCAAAACCAUUGCAAAAUAUAUGAGAUUGCAGAAAUACCCGAGAAUCUUAAUUGGGUGAUUUCAUCUAUAUUUUGGAUUAUUCCAAAAAAAAAUUAUUGGAAUUAUGUUUCUUGGAUGGGAGCAGCAUGAAGGGAGUCACAUGAAGAAUAAUGUGCUUUAUUAGGUGUUUCCAUUGCUUCGGGGGAUUGUGUGAGCUACCUUUUAUCGCUAUAUCAAAUUUGCUUCUUGUCUGAUCGAGACUCUGCAGUUCUCUGAGCCUGUGGUUUUGUCGAAACUGCUCUGUUAUGUCCUCGUGAAGUUUACUCCAUCAUUAUGACUUUUAAUUUAUGUUUUUAAUUAUGUUGAAUACAUUUAUCAUUAGCAUAUAUGUUUGGUGGAUGUCCUUGGUGGAUUGGAUUCAAGAUACAAUCCUAGUUUCCAUAGGUAAAAGAACAGAAAAUGCUGUAGGCACCGGAAACCUACAUGUAAAUUUUCACUCCCUUCGACUCUUGAAUGAUGUGAUUGCGUGUGAGAAGGGAGUGAAAAAUUGUGGUUUUCUCAAUGCCUGUAGCACCACUCUGUGAGGUUUAUAUAUUUUAUAUUUUUAUUACA